UUUUUGGAUUUAGGCAUUAAAGGACCAUGGACAAAAAGAAUUAUACUUCUCUACAUGGUUUUAUUCUGCUUGGCUUCUCUGAUCAUCCCAAACUGGAGAUGGUCCUGUCAGGAGUUGUCACCAUCUUCUACUUAAUUACAUUGGUGGGUAACACAGCCAUCAUUGUUGCAUCUCUCCUGGAUUCCCAUCUGCACACACCAAUGUAUUUUUUCCUCAGGAAUUUAUCUUUCCUAGAUCUGUGUUUUACCACCAGCAUCAUACCUCAGAUGCUGAUUAACUUGUGGGGACCUGGUAAGACCAUCAGCUUUGUGGGUUGUGUCAUUCAACUCUACGUUAAUAUGUGUUUGGGCUCCGCUGAGUGCCUUCUCCUGGCUGUCAUGUCCUAUGAUCGUUUUACAGCUAUUUGUAAACCCUUGCAUUAUUUGGUAAUCAUGAAGCCACAUCUUUGUCUCAAGAUGAUCAUCAUGGUUUGGGGUAUUAGUUUGGCCUGUUCUGCAAUAUCAUGUACACUCACUCUGAAUUUGCCUAGGUGUGGAAACAACCUUCUGGAUCAUUUCUUGUGUGAGUUGCCAGCUAUGGUCAAAAUAGCAUGUACAGACACCACAACUGUUGAAAUGUCUGUUUUUGCUUUAGGAAUUGUUAUUGUCCUUACACCCCUCCUCCUUAUUCUUAUAUCCUAUGGUUACAUUGCCCAAGCUGUGCUGAGAAUGACGUCAAAAGCAGGCCAAAGAAAAGCAAUUAAUACCUGUGGAUCUCAUCUCACUGUGGUGUCCAUCUUCUAUGGAACUGUCAUCUACAUGUACCUACAGCCAGGUAACACUGCCUCCAAAGACCAGGGCAAGUUCCUCACCCUCUUUUACUCCAUCAUCACUCCAAGUCUGAACCCCCUUAUCUACACCUUGAGGAACAAGGACAUGAAGGAUGCACUGAAGAAGUUGGUAAGAGUUGCCUAUGAAUCUACAAAAAUGAAAACCAUAGGAAAGUAUUAG